UUCCCCGUUAGCUUCCAAUCCUCCAUCAGCCAAAUACUUGCCUUCAAGUUCUCCAGUGUAUCAUGAAGGCCUCAAUCUUCGUCCUCUUCAUCACUGCGCUUCUACUCUGCCGAGCUCCGACGGCAUUGUCGGUGACAUGCAACCCAGUGGAGCUGAGCUCAUGCGCCGGCGCCAUACUGACCGCGGCGCCACCCACCGCUGCCUGCUGCGCGAAGCUAAAGGAGCAGCGGCCCUGCUUUUGCCAGUACAAGCAGAACCCCAACUUGAAAGGCUACAUCAACUCGGAUAACAGCAAGAAGGUGGCCAAAUCUUGCGGCGUUCCGAUCCCCACCUGCUGAAAAGUGUUAACGUGGCCUCUUGUCUUCAUGAAUUCAAGUUUGCCAUCCCCCGGUUAGGAGGAGAAGCUGAGCUCCUUCUAGUAUGCAGUCUUGUACGUACAAGGUAUUGUUUGUAGCGUGCUGCGGGCUUCUAAUCGCUUGCCUGGUGUUUCUCUUUUGUCCUUGAUCUCAAGUGUCGAAGAUGACCUUGUAUGGGUCUUCAAUAAUGUAAUUCCAGUGUUCAAGAGUCUCUCUCACUCACUAUGUGCUAGGAAGGAAAGGCCAUACCAUCAGAAGACUUCAACGUCGUAGAUAUACUACUAUGAGCUUGAAUGUCA